UCCUCUCGUGAAACACGAUGCGACGCAGGAAUGUGAAAGGCUCCCGCCCGCCGCCAUUUUCUUUCUUUCUUGGCAGGCUGGGAGGACGGUAGGAAGUAGCGAAGGAGACAUGUCGGAUUAUUCUACGGUGCCCCCUCCUUCUUCGGGAGCCCCCGGCGGAGGCGGAGGAGGUGGCGGGGCAGUUAAUGAUGCUUUUAAAGACGCGCUGCAACGGGCUAGGCAGAUUGCAGCAAAAAUUGGAAAUGAAUCAGGGACAUCUGUGAAUUCAAAUGAUUACAGUUAUGGGGGACAAAAAAGACCUCUUGAAGAUGGAGAUGGCUCUUGGACAAGUCCGAGCAGUACAACACACUGGGAGGGAAUGCCCUCUCCUUUUAAAGAUCAACCAGAGCCUAAGAAAGUUGCUCCCCCAAAUAAUGAUUCUUUUGGAAAUCAGUUACCACCCAUGCAUCAGCAACAGAGGUCUGUAAUGACAGAAGAAUACAAAGUUCCAGAUGGAAUGGUUGGAUUCAUAAUUGGUAGAGGAGGAGAACAGAUAUCUCGCAUACAGCAAGAAUCUGGAUGUAAAAUACAGAUUGCACCUGAUAGUGGUGGGCUUCCUGAAAGAUCUUGCAUGUUGACUGGAACACCUGAGUCAGUACAAUCUGCAAAGAGAUUGCUUGACCAGAUCGUUGAAAAGGGAAGACCUACACCUGGAUUCCAUCAUGGCGAUGGCCCAGGAAAUGCUGUCCAAGAAAUCAUGAUUCCAGCUAGCAAAGCAGGAUUAGUUAUUGGAAAGGGUGGAGAGACAAUAAAACAACUUCAAGAGCGUGCAGGUGUUAAGAUGGUAAUGAUUCAAGAUGGACCACAGAACACUGGAGCAGAUAAACCUCUUAGGAUCACAGGAGAUCCUUACAAAGUGCAACAAGCCAAGGAAAUGGUUUUAGACCUAAUUCGUGAUCAAGGUGGCUUUAGAGAGGUGCGCAAUGAAUAUGGGUCAAGAAUAGGAGGCAAUGAAGGAUUAGAUGUGCCAAUACCACGGUUUGCAGUUGGUAUUGUAAUUGGAAGAAAUGGUGAAAUGAUAAAAAAGAUACAGAAUGAUGCUGGUGUCAGGAUUCAGUUUAAACCAGAUGAUGGAACAACUCCUGACAGAAUAGCCCAGAUCACAGGACCUCCAGACAGAUGUCAACAUGCAGCUGAAAUUAUUACAGAUCUUCUUCGAAGUGUUCAGGCUGGCAAUCCUGGAGGUCCAGGGCCUGGUGGCCGCGGUAGAGGAAGAGGUCAGGGGAACUGGAAUAUGGGACCACCUGGUGGAUUGCAAGAAUUUAAUUUUAUUGUUCCCACUGGAAAAACUGGAUUAAUCAUUGGGAAAGGUGGUGAAACUAUCAAGAGCAUUAGUCAGCAAUCUGGUGCAAGAAUAGAACUUCAGAGAAAUCCUCCACCAAAUGCAGAUCCCAACAUGAAAUUAUUUACUAUUCGGGGGACACCACAACAGAUUGAUUAUGCUCGGCAGCUUAUAGAAGAAAAGAUUGGAGGUCCGGUAAAUCCUUUGGGGCCACCUGUGCCUCAUGGACCUCACGGUGUUGUUCCAGGGCCACAUGGACCUCCUGGGCCACCUCCUGGGGCUCCAAUGGGACCUUACAAUCCAGCUCCUUAUACCCCUGGCCCUCCUGGUCCUGCACCUCAUGGACCUCCAGCACCAUAUGCUCCUCAAGGAUGGGGUAAUGCAUAUCCACAUUGGCAACCACCUAAUCCCCCAGACCCUGGUAAGCCAGCAGAUCCUAAUUCAGCAGCAUGGGCAGCCUAUUAUGCCCACUACUAUCAACAGCAAGCACAGCCACCCCCUGCAGCUCCACCUAGUGCACCACCUGCUACUCAGACCAAUGGACAAGGAGAUCAACCAAAUCCAGCACCAGCAGGGCAGGUAGAUUACACCAAGGCUUGGGAAGAGUACUAUAAAAAAAUGGGUCAACAAGGGCAGCCACAAGAUUAUUCAAAGGCUUGGGAGGAAUAUUACAAGAAGCAAGGUCAAGCUGUUCCAGCUCCAACCGGAGCCCCACCAACAGGCCAGCCAGAUUACAGUGCAGCCUGGGCUGAAUACUAUAGACAGCAGGCAGCUUAUUAUGCCCAGACAAGUCCACAAGGAAUGCCACAACACCCUCCAGCACCACAGUGCCUUCCCAGAUCUUCCACCUUAGGUUCUGCUGCAAAAAGCACAGGUAAGCACAACCUAAGGAAGUGUAUAAAUACAUAUUUCAGUAUAUCAAUGUUGUCCCUGUGAGAAUUUUUUUGUGCUUGUGUAUUCAAAAGCAAUCUGCCAAUAUCUUUUCCCAAAUGUAUUCUGCUAUUCAUGGUUUCAUUCCAAUGAGAAUUCUGAAACAAUUAUUUACAUUUCUGGGUAAAUGUGUAUCUUUAUUUUUUUUUAAAGAUAAGUGGAUUGCUGCAAUAAUUUUUGAGUAAGUCACUUUUACUAUUUUCCCUCAAUAGUUGAGUUGUUACAAAUGAAUAUAAAAUAUUUUUUCAAGAUACAGGAAAUAUUGGUCAGAACUUCAACAGCCUUCACAAAUGCUUCUAUAAUGUUAAAGGAUGUUAUACCCAAAUACUACGUAUUCAAAUAUACUGUAUGUUUCUCUCAAUCCCAAGAUGAUACACCAUAAACCAUAAAUUAAUGUAGCUUGAUUAUUUCAUGCAGAAGGAAAAGUGAGAUUUUACUUUUGCAAAAUAGUUGUAGAAAGUAUGUGUGCCAGUGAUAUGUUAACAAGUUUGGCAGAUCUUUUCUUUUUAUAGCAAUUUCCUUCCUACCUUGCUAUUUCAGCUGAAUUGCUGUAUAUUUUUGCUAGUUUUAAAAUGUUUUGUAUAUGACUUACCUAGGUAGCUUAACUGGUACAAAUUUUCAGUUUAAAUAGACAAUUCUAAGGCAGUACCAUCAGUUUUUUGUUUGUCACUUAAUAAAAUGUUUUGAUUUUAUCAAAAGUCCUGCUUUUCUGUGCAUCAAAGGAAAAUAUUCAAAAACCCUGCCUUCAUUUUCACACACAGUGCUGAAGAUGCUGCAAGCACCAAAUCAUAGCUCAUAAAAUCAGGUCCUGAGAUAGUUACUUCCAAUAAAGAGGAUUCCUUUGAGUGUAUGGCCAUGGUGAGCCGAUGAGCAUGGACCAUAGAAGGGCUCCAUGUAGAAGGUAAAAUUGGCAAAAACAAUACCGAUUUUAAAUGUAUCCCAUACUUAAUGGUGUAGGGUAUAAUUUGCCUGUUUUUAUCGCUUCUCAUUCUUUAAAGUGCUAUUUGCUUGACCAUAAAUGUUCCAUAAUUUGUUAUGUGGUAAUAAUAAAAACUAUUUAUCAGUUUACACUUGCUAAAUAGUCAAGCACGAAUAUGUUUUGCGUUUACAACUAAAUCGAUAGUUGUACUUGAAUUCCCUUGAGCCACUUCACUUUAUUUUAUUUUAUUUUUGGGGGGAUUAUACUUUGAUAUGUCACAUUAAUUUUUAUAUGAAAACUAGCUAUGUGCUGAAGAGCUUCAUCUUGGUUGGAUUUUGUUUCACCAUUAUAAAAGAAAACUUGUUUUUUCCUACUCCAUUUUUAGUAAACAUAGCAUAAAUUGAAAUUUAACUCAAGGUCGAAAGAUGUAACAGGGAAAAAAGUUGUUGGUGUAGGAGGUGAAGAUCUGUGUUAAUAAUUUGUUUUGUUUUUGUUUUGUUUUGGUGGACCUAUAGGCAUCUUCUUGUACUGUAGCUUUUAUUUUUGGUUUGUCUGAUUUCUUUCAGAAAGAUAGGGUUGGAUUGAAGCGUUCCAUUCUACUCACAAUAUGGAAACUUUGAGCCCAAUCCAUAGAUAGUUUUUUCUUGUGUAGCUUGUGUGUUAUAGCAGGACAAAAAUAAUUGUAAAUUCUAAUUGAAUCCCAGGUUUAAAUGAAAGUAAUGAAUGUUUUAAAAGAGAGGAACAUCUUAAUUUCAACUAAUGUCUUUAGAUCAUCUGUUAGUAUGUGUUCUGUAUAGGAUAUUUACUAGUUAAAAAGCAGUCUUUAUCUAGAGUUGUGUAAAUUACACUUCAGUGAUCUUACUAGCUAGGUAGGCUGUAUCAUUCACUAAUCCUUUCUUCUGAAAAUAUUGUCAGUUGGUGGGAUACAUUUCAUAAAUUUGAGGGUAGAAUUUUACAUUUUUCUUUGUGUACUAGGAUUUUUAUAAAGUAAAACAUUGGGUCCUACAGAACAUGUACAACAGAUCCAUUUUUCUAUUUGUAGUACCCUAUCAAACUCUUACAUUUAUGCAACCUUUAUCUUAAUAUGCAUGAAAGGCAUUUUCGUCCUGAGAUAGUGUUCUCUGCAGAAACUACCCGUGUUAAAAAAGAAGACUGUCUUUUAAAGGCUACUGUGAUGGGAAGUAUCUUAGGCAGAUGCAGCUUGGACGUGAGGUAAAUCCAAUGCUUUCCAGUAUGUUGUGUUGAGCUUGCCUAUUGACAAUGUAUGUACUCAUGAAAAUACAUUAAUUGUACUGUUUUGUAUGAGUUCUCAAUAAAUGUAAACUAAUGGAUGAAAA